AUGAACAAUAUUAUGUAAAUACGAAUCUAAUAACUGUUCGAUAUAUUUUCAAAAUGGCGCUAGUUGGAGUUUCUGUUUCGAUCGAAGCUGUUCAGGAAAAUAAAAUUCAAGAAGUUACUCUUGAUGGCCAAGAAAUUGUUAUUCCACCUCUGUCGAUGUCAGAAUCUUUGGCCAAAAGUGCUCAGAAAAUAGACUUCACCGAAGAUGGCUCAGAGGACCACAGUGCCAAGACAUCAGAGGAGGAGACUGGAGACAAGGAGGCUGCAACGUUUCAACCCUCACUCUGGCCAUGGGAUAGCGUACGCAACAAACUUAAGACAGCCUAUACCGAGGUAGGAGUACUCCUUGACGUGCUGAACAUUGCCAAGGAGAAAAAGUACAUGGUGCUAACACAUGUCCAGCAAGACACAAGUGAGCCAAAAUCUGCCGUUCAGCUUUUGGCCAAAAAGAAGGGAAUAAUGCUUCAGUCAUUAAUAAGUGGUCUCAGUGCGGCCUCUGCGGUGUUACUCAGCGGUGCAGAGAGACUCAAAAGGUCACACGAGGAUAAGACCGGGGCAUCCUCCGACAAGUUCCACAUGGAACUACUAAAGUUAAGACAGAGCUGGCGACUCAAGAAAGUUGGCAACGCAAUCAUCGGUGAUCUCAGCUACAGAUCUGCUGGUUCUAGGUUCUGGCAAGGUGGUACAUUUGAGGUCACAAAGAACACUGGUACGUCGUCUGGUGAUCAGACGGAUGUGGGGUCAGCCCUUCAGAAUCCCCUACAGGUGGUCAUCCCUAGCGAGUUGGAGGGGACGGCGUAUGUGCAGGUUGAGAUCAAGUCUGUGCCAGACUCCAUGAACCUGAUGAGUGCCACUCUUCAAAUGCCGGACGCCAUCGGUCGGACUCCCCCGAACUCCCACUGGCAAGAGAGACUUGACAACGCACAAAACCUGCUCUUCUGCAAGGAACUCUUCGCCCAGUUGGCCAGAGAAGCCGUCAAGAUGAAAAGCAAUGUUCCACAUGUGGUUGUUGGCAACCAGAUCAUAACAAAUAUAUUUCCUGGUGUGCAGCUGUCCAUUGUAUUGUGCCAUUCUUCCAAUAAAGCAGACAAGAAGGGUGUAUUGCAGGGUGUUUCCCAGCCUGCGCGGACUGACAACAAGCCUGUGUUGGAGCACUCCCUGCACCAGCUGCUGAGGGAGGUCCACCACAAAACCCUGCACCUUGACCCACCCCAGCCCGCCACCGCGACUUUUGGGUUCACAAAGAGACGGAGACUGGCUGGGCCCCUGGGGCUCUCUAGAGCCGACCUGAAAGAAAUGGCAGACAGUGAGACACUCUUGGAGCAGAUUAUACAGCAAGCAAGGCAUGAGGUUCUCAAGUUUAGGACCAUGGCCACCAUAGACCGUCUAGCGGAGGAAGUUCGAGAUCCACAAAUCAUGGCCCACUGGUCGUGUCUCAACAGUCCCCUGCAGUCAAACAUGAAAAUCAUCAUCACCUCCAGCGGAUAUGAGGCAGUCAGGUCCCAAGGACUGGUGACGUUUCAGUCUCUGGACCUGGAGAUCGGAGUGGACAGUCUCAAGGCUGUCACCAAAGACAGACGCGUUCUACAGCUGGGCUUCCAGGAGAAAGAGGUGGAGGACCUCAUACGCUGGCAGAUCUCGCAACACCACAUUGCCCUUUCCCAGAACAUUGCGCGCAUGAUUGGCUGGGAGGUGCUGGGUUGCAAUGGCUGCAAUGGGGUGGGAGCCAUGGAGGGGUUCGCGUCCAGCUCCUCCAUUCAGCUGGUGGCACCAAAAAAUGACAGAAUGUUGCUGAUAAAGAGUGGACCUACGUCAGGCCUGCACGUGUUUCUAAAAAUAGACAAUAAAGAUAACCUUGACCCCAGCUUGGCAGCCCUUGUGGAUCCUAAAUGGCUGAACCUUGGUGGAACGUUCCGAGAAAUUGACAUGGAACAAAUCGAAGGUGGAAACCUUGCCACCAAAUUGGAACUCAUAAUGGCGAUGGUUUGUAAAAAGCGAUGAUACUGAAUGCAGAAGGAAGCUUGGAUUGUGAACUAUUUGAUGAUGCCAUUUGUUGAAGAAGAUUUAAGAUGUUCACAUACCUAUGUUCUACAAAGAAUGAUCCAGCAGCUCAUCUAGAAUCUCUUUGAUAAGUGCAAGGUAUGACGCAACAAAACAGUUGCGCCCAUUCCAUAGUCAUGGUGCCGAAAACAUGCGUUAAAAUGGUGGCAUAUCUUCAGCUGAUUACGAACUGUGAACUCAGUCGGAGCCUGUGACAAAAUGCCUUAGUAUACUUGUUUAUGCUACUGGUUUGGGUACAUACCAGUAUCAUUUAUGUAUGAUACUGUGCUCAGUAAAGGUUCAGUGUUGUACAUGUCGGUAUAAUAUUAAAUAUGCAAUAGAACAA